AGACACUAUGCAUGUUUACUUAAUAAAAAUUGGAGCCCUUUUGACUACAGUGCUUGUCUCAUCCGCAGCAUAUGAAUCCCAUCAAACACCAAGUAUACAAGAUUCUAACCACGAUAACUUCCAAUGGUCUGAACUUGGGGCAUUUGAAGCAAACAGAAGUCGACAUGGUCGAAUAUUUCACUUCACAAAAGAACCAAUAAAUAUCAGGGUGGAACUUGGGUUUGCUAUACCAUUUCUCUCAAUACCUGUGGGAGGUCACCAACAACCAGGUUUGGGCCAAGUUGAUGUCAAUCUAGGAGCAUUGACAGCAGGUGGCAUACUUACAGCAGCAUCACUUAUCUUCAUUCCCAAACUGUUCAAAGGACUUUCACCUGAAAUCACAUUUGGUCGCAGUGAAGAAGAAGCUGCUUACGAGACCAACGCAUUUUCUCGUAUAGACGAUGUACUGCAACAGCACAAUAUAAGUUCAGCUGUCUGCACACAGAGAGUGACAUGUUGGAUCAUUGAUAAUGCACUAUCUAAAAUCAAGGAAGGAAAUGCUGGUAGCUUUGAAAAAAUUAUUGAUGGAAUUGUGAGUAACAAGUGGCUGGAAGGCUUUGUGGAAGGCACUCCAUUUCAAGAAGCAAUAAAUAAUGCUAAGACUGGAAAAGAUUGUAUAAAUAUGUAUUCAAAGUGCCCUUUAACAAAGGAAAAGCUGAAGUCUAUGGCAAAAUCUUUUGUUGCAACUUUAAAUCUGUAA